CCGGAACUGCUCGGUCUCUAUCGCUAUUACGGGAGGUAACUAAGAUGGUGCUGGAAAAAAAGGGCUCGGCUCGGGUCGAGACGGCGGGCCAGCGGCGGGUUCUGGACGACGGCACCCGCCAGAGAAGGCUGAGCAGGCAGCUCGAGGCUUUGGAGAAAGACAACUUCCAGGACGACCCUCUGAGCUCGCUCCCCCCGCCCGGUCCGACCGCCCGUCUCCCCGCCUUCAGUGAAACGGAGGAACCUGAGAAAAAGAAGAGGAAGACACGGGGCGACCACUUCAAGUUGCGCUUCAGGAAAAACUUCACGGCGCUUCUGGAGGAGGAGAACUUAGCGGACAAGCCGGAGCCCAACUACCUUUCGGCGCUGGUUCCGCCGUCUUCGCUCCCGCCGCGCCAUUUUUGCUGCGUGUGCGGCUUUCCGUCCAACUACACGUGCACGACAUGCGGGGGGCGCUACUGCUCCGGCAAGUGUUUGGUGACGCACCGAGAGACCAGGUGUCUCAAGUGGACGCUGUGACGGACGCUGCCUCGUUGCCAUGGGAACACAUAUUACAGUUUGCAGGAGACAACCCCGAGAACAAAGAAAUCUAUGGCGUUUCAUACUAUAUGUUCGCAUUAAAACAGCAAGAAGCAAGCACACUGUGGCUCUUUUCUGGCUGCAUGAGAGUGAAAACAGGCACGGAAGAAUACUUCCAAAGUGUGUUUUUAAUAACUUUAAAUGUGUUUAAAGUGUGUGGGAGCAAUAAAACUUUUAAAGUUAUUUUUUA